UUUUUUAAUUUAAGCCAAAAAAAUCUUGUUUCGUUGUCUCUUCAUAGACAAUAGAUUUUUUUUUCUUCUAUUUCUCGUCCUGCGUCUUUUUCUCGCUGACGCCAGACUUCCUGUGGGCCACCACCUCUUGAUACCCGAAUAGACCGCUUCUUCGCCUUAAUACCCUCCUGCUUUUAAAAGCCAAAAAUUUCCAUCCAAAAUGCCCGCCGUCGACAUUGCUUCUGUUCCCGCCGUCUCCGGCAAGGAGGCCGCUCAGGCCGUCGCCGUCCUCGAGGAUCUGAUCAAGAACCUCAACAUCUCCAAGACCCAGGAUGAGAUCAUUGCUGCCUCGAGCGACAUUGCCUCGCUCUUCAGCGGUCCCAUCUCCGAGCAGACCCUGCCCCUCAAGGCCGUCGACACCUUCAAGAAGCAGCUCGGCAACAAGAAGGAUGCCAACGCCCGUGAGCGUGCGCUGGACGCCAUCCGCGCCAUCGCCGCCAACACCUCGGUCGCCCCCGGCGUUGAGCCUCACCUGGUCUCUCUCCUGCGCCCCGUCCUGGCCGCCGUUGGCGACAAGAUGAUCCCCGUCAAGAACGCCGCUCAGGCUGCCGCUCUGGCUAUCGCCAAGGCCGUCAACGGCAACGCCGUCAAGGCCGUUCUGCCCCCGAUCCUCGACUCCCUCUCCAACGCCCAGAAGUGGCAGGAGAAGAUGACCGCCCUCGACUGCCUCGGUGCCUUGGUCGAGUCCGCCCCCGCCCAGCUGUCCUACCGUGUGCCCACCCUGAUCCCCGUCGUUUCCGAAGCCAUGUGGGACACCAAGCCCGAGAUCAAGAAGGCCGCCUACAGCACCAUGGAGAAGGUCUGCGGCCUCAUCGUCAACAAGGAUAUCGAGCGCUUCAUCCCCGAGCUCAUCAAGUGUAUCGCCAAGCCCGAGAACGUCUCCGAGACCGUUCACUUGCUCGGUGCCACCACUUUCGUCUCCGACGUCACCGGCCCGACCCUCGCCAUCAUGGUGCCCCUGCUUGACCGUGGUCUCGUCGAGCGUGAGACCGCCAUCAAGCGUAAGUCGGCCGUCAUCGUCGACAACAUGUGCAAGCUCGUCGAGGACCCUCAGAUCGUCGCCCCCUUCCUGCCCAAGCUCAUGCCCGCCCUCACCAAGAACUUCGACACCCUCCCCGACCCGGAGGCCCGUGAGAAGACCAAGCAGGCCUUGGACACCCUCACCCGUGUCGGUGACGUCAAGGACGGCAAGAUCCCCGAGAUCUCCACCGCCGGUGACAUCGCCACCGUCUCCGCCAUCUUCAAGGAGAUCCUCGAGCCCAAGUUCAAGUCCCAGAUCGACCAGUGCGCCGCCGUCAUCGAGUACGUCGCCGCCAUCGCCGGUCAGCUCGUCGACGAGAAGGACAGCGAGGUCACCAGCUGGACCCAGAACGCUGUUCCCUACAUCACCGCCAUCGUCGGUGAGUCCGAGGCCCAGUCCGUCGCCGAGACCCUCCGCAAGCGCGCCUCCCCCGGCGCCGCCGAGGACGAUGCCGUCCUCUCCGACGAGGAGGAGGGUGAGGAUCUGUGCAAGUGCACCUUCAGCUUGGCCUACGGUGCCAAGAUCCUGCUUAACCAGACCUACCUGCGCCUGAAGCGUGGUCAGCGUUACGGUCUCCUCGGCCCCAACGGUUCCGGCAAGACCACCCUCAUGCGCGCCAUCAACAACGAGCAGCUCGAGGGUUUCCCCAAGAAGAGCGAGGUCAAGACCGUCUACGUCGAGCACGACCUCGACUCCGCCGAUACCGAGCAGACCGUCAUCGGCUGGACCUGCAAGAAGCUGGCCGACGUCGGUGUCGUCAUCACCCGCGAGGAUGUCGAGUCCCAGCUCCUCUCCUUCGGUUUCCUCCAGGAGCAGUUCGAGAGCCCCAUCACCUCCCUCUCCGGUGGUUGGAAGAUGAAGCUCGCCCUGGCCCGUGCCGUCUUCGAGAAGCCCGACAUCCUGCUGCUCGACGAGCCCACCAACCACUUGGACGUCAAGAACGUGGCCUGGCUUGAGAACUACCUCUGCACCUCCCCCUGCACCUCCAUCAUCGUCUCCCACGACAGCAAGUUCCUGGACAACGUCAUCCAGCACGUCAUCCACUACGAGCGCUUCAAGCUUAAGCGUUACCGUGGUACCCUGAGCGAGUUCGUCAAGCGUGUGCCCUCGGCCCGCUCCUACUACGAGCUCAGCGCCUCCGAGAUCGAGUUCAAGUUCCCCGAGCCCGGUUUCCUCGAGGGUGUCAAGACCAAGGCCAAGGCCAUCAUCCGUGUCUCCAACAUGUCGUUCCAGUACCCGGGUACCCCCAAGCCUCAGAUCACCGACAUCUCCUUCCAGGUCUCGCUGGGUUCCCGUAUUGCCGUCAUCGGUCCCAACGGUGCCGGUAAGUCGACCCUGGUCAACGUCCUGACCGGUGAGUUGGUCCCCACCGCCGGUGAUGUCUACCAGCACGAGAACAUCCGUAUCGCCUACAUCAAGCAGCACGCCUUUGCCCACAUCGAUAACCACCUGGACAAGACCCCCUCCGAGUACAUCCAGUGGCGUUUCCAGACCGGUGAGGACCGUGAGACCAUGGACCGUGCCAACAAGAUCGUCACCGAGGACGACGAGAAGGCCAUGGACAAGAUCUACAAGAUCGACGGCACCAUGCGUCGCGUCAUCGGCAUCCACUCCCGUCGUAAGUUCAAGAACAGCUACGAGUACGAAUGUUCGUUCGCCCUGGGUGAGAACAUCGGCAUGAAGAGCGAGAAGUGGAUCCCCAUGAUGACCGCCGACAACGCCUGGAUCCCCCGUAACGAGAUCCUCCAGUCCCACUCCAAGAUGGUUGCCGAGGUCGAUCAGAAGGAGGCCCUCGCCAGCGGUCAGUUCCGCCCCCUGAUCCGUAAGGAGGUCGAGCAGCACUGCGCCAACUUCGGUCUCGACGCCGAACUCGUCUCCCACUCCCGCAUGCGCGGUCUCUCCGGUGGCCAGCGUGUCAAGGUCGUCCUCGCCGCCUGCUCGUGGCAGCGCCCCCACGUCAUCGUCCUCGACGAGCCUACCAACUACCUCGACCGUGACUCCCUCGGUGCCCUCUCCAAGGCCAUCAAGACCUUCGAGGGUGGUGUCGUCAUCAUCACCCACUCUCGUGAAUUCACUGAGAACCUCACCGAGGAAGUCUGGGCCGUCAUGGACGGCAAGAUGACCCCCUCCGGCCACAACUGGGUCCAGGGUCAGGGUUCCGGCCCUCGUCUGACUGAGAAGGGCGAGGAGGAGGACCGUGUCGACGCCUACGGCAACAAGGUUGUCGUUGAGAAGAAGAAGAAGCUAACCGCUUCGGAGCUUCGUAAAAAGAAGAAGGAGCGUAUGGCUCGUCGCAAGCGUGGUGAGGAAGUUUUCUCGGAUGAGGAUGACUGAAUAUGAGGUUUUUCGUGGAUGAG